AUGGUAGUUCAAUAUAGACCUGAAGAGUACAAUAAGUUUGAGGCCAAAAUAAAUGACCUCAAGCAACAAAUGGCUAACCCUGUCACGGGCGGCACUUUAUUAAGAACAUCACAGAAGAGAUCUUUGUAUGUUAGGGCUCUUUUUGAUUACGAUCCAAUGAAAGAUGACGGAUUGCCUUCCCGCGGUCUAGCUUUUCAAUACGGUGACAUUCUUCACGUGACCAAUGCCAGUGAUGACGAAUGGUGGCAAGCCAGACGAGUAUUAGUCACUGGAGAUGAGCAAGGUAUGGGUAUAGUACCUAGCAAAAGAAGAUGGGAGAGAAAGCAAAAAGCUAGGGACCGAUCUGUCAAAUUUCAGGGUCAAGGAGGACAUGCGGAUAAGCAAUCGACUUUGGAUAGGAAAAAGAAAAGCUACAGCUUUAGUCGCAAAUUUCCAUUUAUGAAAAGCAAAGAUGACAAAUCGGAAGAUGGAUCUGAUCAAGAACAUACAACAAGGCCCAAAAGAGAAUAUGAGGUAGAUGGUCGAGAUUACCAUUUUGUCGCUUCAAGGGAACAAAUGGAAAAGGACAUUCAGAAUCACCUUUUCAUCGAAGCCGGCCAAUACAAUGAAAAUCUGUAUGGUACUUCGGUUUCCUCUGUAAGGGAAGUCGCAGAAAAGGGAAAACAUUGUAUUUUGGACGUCAGUGGCAAUGCAAUAAAAAGGCUUCAAGUGGCGCAGCUUUAUCCCAUCGCAAUAUUUAUUAAACCUAAGUCUAUGGAGUCUAUCAUGGAGAUGAAUAAAAGAAUGACAGAAGAACAGGGCAAGAAAACCUUUGAAAGAGCGCUUAAAACUGAACAAGAAUUUGGCGAAUACUUUACAGCUGUGGUUCAAGGUGACACACCCGAAGACAUCUACGACCAAGUGAAAGAAAUUAUUAACGAUCAAUCCGGACCAACCAUCUGGAUCCCAGCUAAAGAGAAACUGUGA